CGCUCAUUUUGAUUUCCAUAGCAACUUUCGUUCAGCUUUUGAGGAUGCUCAGUGACUUUUUAAAAAUCGAAUGGAUGACUUGACCAAUGAAGAGCUUCAAAAGUGGUUGAAGUUUUCAAACCAACCUGACCCUAAAUUUAUCAAACCUUACUCUUUAUAUCGUGGUCUUUUCUACAGUGAAAACAUAUGUGAUUUUGUUAUGAAUUUGUGCAGGCUGUUAAACGCCCCUGAUGAAGUCGCUUUCAAAACGAUUGAGAUGUUUGACAGAUUUUUACUCCUUUACUUUAAAGACUUGUCGUUCGAAGGACUGAUAACUAAUUUUGACCAGUCUUCCUUACCAAAGAAGAAAAAAAUUGUACUUUAUCUAAUCACUGUCCUACAAGUGGUUACAAAGUUAAUUUAUAGACAUAAAAUCCUUAAAACGUCAGACGCAGAAAAGGUCAUGCUUAAAUUGGGCCAUCCGUUUUUCAAAAAUGAAAUCAUAGAAGCUGAGUUGUGUGUACUAAACACUUUGCAAGACUCUCUUAUGUACAGAACUCUAGAGGAAUGCAUAGAGUUUCUUGCAGUUGUUUUUACUAGCAAGGAUAGGGAAUUACGUUUCUCACUGAAAAACGAGGUGAUGUUCUACGUCUACUGCAAAUACAAUUAUCUGAACGCAGAACUGAAAAAAUAUAAUCUUCUUUUUAAGUCAUCUACCCAUACACUUAUUCUUCUUGGUUCAGCGGUAUUGUUUUCGUGUCUAAUAUUGAAUAACCAUGGGAAUAAAAUCAAUGUUCUGCGUUUGGCUGUCAAAUCGCUGGGAAUCGUGAGCACACAAGACGUCCUGAAAGCAACGUUUAUCCUACUAAAAUCGAUAUAAAGUGUAUCACUGAUCAUCUUCCAUUUUUACUUGGAAAACCUGGAUUUAUCAUCCAUUGUGUUUGCAAAUAUGACUGGUUUUGGUUUAGAAAUUCCUGUCAGUGUCAUCCAUUUCUAUUUAAAACCAAUUUUGUCAGUUGUAUUUGUAUACUUGAUAGUUCGUGACUGAUAAUUAGUUUAGACUGACUGCUUAUAUACUAGAACCUGAGUUGAAAAUCGCGUGAAGAUCUAUGAAUUACGACCCCUAAAGAAGAUUGAAUAUGCAGUGAACUCUACUCAGUGCUGUUGACAAAUGUAGUCAUAGUUAUAUCAGUGAAGUACUGGUAAACAUAAAUGGUAUCAUGUACAUAAUUAUAAUCACUAACUCAAUAAUUUAUCUUUUUCUGUUUGUUUCUUUAUGCUGUUUUUCUAUUGUUUGUGCCUCUACGACAAAUACAAAAAACUCUGUGACUUUAUAAUACAUUAAUUGGUUCAAGUGGUAUGUA